ACCUUCAACAUCCAAGCGUCAGGGUUUGAAUAUCACGAAUGGUUUCUGCUAUCUCCGGCGCAUGCGACCAUGUUUCCAUCUGUCAUGGAUCCCGGGAAUAGUUUGCUAUCGCGUAUACGGAAUAAUGAAAUACGUUCUCGAUGAAAAAUGUGGCGAACAAUUGAAAACACAUAAGAAAAAGAAAGUGCAACUAUGACUUGGUGUUGAAGCUGUGUCAAGUUAGUGAUUUGAGGUGUACAGGCGAGGAGAAUUGGCGUUUAAAAAUGAGCCUCGCUGGCACGGGCUGCUUUCUGUCAUUUCGGAGUCGGGAGAGAGUGGAAACGAAGACGCGUCAUUGAGUGGCUGAGGUAGCCUUCCAAGGAGCCAACUCUGACCAGGAAAGGGUGAUCGAGACGUUGGGUGCCAACAAAAGGAUCGAAGGCGUUUGGACGGUGGUACGCGAAGUGCCUGUCUGCGGGUAAUGAGGCAGGUGGUGGUGCUGGAGCCGGCGGGCAGCGUCCUGGUCAUCAGACAGACGUCCCUUGGUGGUGGCGUGACUAGCGUGACGACGUCGAGUGCAGCUUCGCAUCAGAAUCACACUGUGGUACCGGUCACAGUGUCAACGAGCGACCAGAAUCAGAAUAGAAUAGUGGUUGUGAGAUCGUCAUCGAGCUCGUCGACGACAGCCUCGGUCAGUCAGAGCGCCCUUCACUCAGCCCUGCAACAGGCCACUCGGAACGCGAUCAAGGUUGGAAAUAACAACGGUAAACCAACCUCCGUCAGCACCACCGUGAACAGCAACUGUAACAACAACAGUCAGACAGACGGAGGCUCCAUUUCUGGAGCCACAAAGGAGAACUCUUCGUCGGGAAAUGGCAACAAUAUUAACAACAACAAUAAUAACAACAACGUUAAUAACGUCAACGCCAAUAACAGGGUGAACGAGGGAUCGUCGAAGGUGAUCGUUGGAAACGGUGACGAGGACGUUGGAAGAGGCGAAUCCGGCUGCAAACUGAGCAAAGAGAACACCAGCCUCGAGGUCAAAACUGACACCGAGACCAAUUCUGACGGCGACCCGAUAAAACUACCAGAGAACUUAGAGACCCUGCCCAGGGCCGAGCACUUUCCGACACAGAGGCAUCGAUGGAACACUAACGAGGAAAUCGCUGCCAUUUUGAUAAGUUUUCAAAGGCACGCGGAAUGGCAGAGUCGAGAGGUAAAAGUUCGCCCAAGAAGUGGAUCGAUGCUGUUAUAUUCACGGAAGAAGGUACGAUAUCGGCGAGAUGGUUAUUGCUGGAAGAAACGAAAAGACGGGAAGACAACUCGCGAGGAUCACAUGAAGCUAAAGGUUCAGGGAGUCGAAUGUAUAUACGGUUGUUACGUUCACUCGGCUAUCCUGCCAACCUUUCAUCGGAGAUGUUAUUGGCUGUUACAAAAUCCGGACGUUGUUCUUGUUCACUAUUUGAACGUCCCUUAUCCGGACGGAGAUGCAAAACUAGCCGCGUUACCACCGUGCCUCGCAUUACCGCCGGACAAGAAAGAAUGGACCCGGGAUGAACUCGCUUCUCAGCUGAGGCCAAUGUUCCUCGGUGGAGACGUGGACUAUGACGAUCCGAACGCGACGCAGCAUUCUAAUCACCCGGUUGACAUGAUCGUCACUCAGCUCCUCGACAGACAAAGAGCAUCCAACACCCCGUCGACUGGUGGAGCUCAGCUCGCUCCCAGAAGACUAACGCCCGACAAUCAGGUUACUUCCACAACGGGGGGUCAGCAGCCUUCUUCCACAGCACCGAACGCACCUAGGGUAUACUCGCGACAUUCCCAUUCCACCCAGAACCAACAGCCAGCACCCCUGGUUCUGAGUUUACAGCAAAUCCAAGGAGGAGGUGGCCUCUUGAUUCUAAACAGUCAGCCCUACCAUCAGCAACAGCAACAGCAGCAGCAGCAGCAACAACAACAACAACAGCAGCAGCAGAAUCAGCGAAUUGAGAUGAGGCAAGUUACGGAGCAGCAAAUAGUCCAGCAGACGAGCGUCGACAGGGAGCAGCAGACUCAGCACGAAUUGGAUAAUCAGGAUAGCAUGCAAAGGUCGAGCACUCAAACACUGCCAGCGUCCAGUUCGGUGGUGACAGAUUUUGCCGAAACCUUGGACCUCAGUCAGGAAGACAUUCAACGGACGUUGUCGGCGAACAUGGUGCCUCCUGCUCCGUCGCCCUCUCCAGCUGACGACAACAUUAUCAAUCCAAUGGAUUUCAUCGAUUCCUCAGACGACGUUCUCGUCAAUUUAGACGCCUUUGACGUGUUUGGCGAUCUACCAGAGCUCCACGACUUUGAAACCGAGCAAGCAAAAGCCAUUGAAAGAGGCAGGUCAGACAGCGAUGCGAACUGUCAUCCGAACACAGCUCACAUCGCCGAAUACAGUCCUGAAUGGAGUUACACAGAGGGUGGUGUGAAGGUAUUAGUCGCUGGACCAUGGACGGGUGCUAGUGGCUCUCAAUCUUACUCGGUCUUGUUCGACGCCGAACCAGUAGAGGCCUGUCUGGUGCAACCUGGGGUACUGCGUUGUCGAUGUCCAGCGCACGCUCCUGGUCUGGCCUCCCUUCAAGUAGCCUGUGAUGGUUUCGUUGUCUCUGACAGCGUUGCAUUUGAGUAUCGGCGUGCACCAACAGCCGAGCCAAGUCCCGAACGCGCCCUCCUAGACAGGCUGGCCGACGUCGAAGCCCGUCUCCAAGGUCCUGGUCCUCCCUCACCAGCAGCCCACUUCGAGGAACGGCUCGUCGCCUAUUGCCAGGACGCUGUAGCGCGGCCUUGGCAGGUCGGCGCUGAGCCUCUGCAGUCCGGUGGACCGACUCUUCUGCACUUGGCUGCUGGGUUGGGUUACUCCAGACUGGCUUGUGCUCUCCUUCAUUGGAGGGCUGAAAAUCCCAGCACCGUACUGGACGCGGAAGUCGAUGCUCUUCGGCAGGAUGGAAGCGGACUCACGCCACUUGCCUGGGCUUGCGCUGCUGGACAUGCUGACACAGCUAGAAUACUGUACAGGUGGAACGCGAUGGCGUUACGAGUGAAAGACAAUCGAGGUAGAAGCGCGACUGAGAUAGCAUCGGGAAACGGUCAUUCGAUGAUAGCGGAAGAGUUGAAUCAGUUAGAAGCACGGAGGCAGGACGAAGGGCUUUUUUUGCGUCCAGCGAGCCCUAGGAGACCUUCCCAAGACAGUGGCCUUGAUUUAGCGCUAUGUGGCUCACCGCUGUUGGACAACAUGGAGUUGUUGCAAGAAGACGAAACAUCGUUGAGCCUUGGCCAACAGAGAAUGGAGAGUACUCCUAGUGCUCCCAACCCCCAAGAGACUGUAGGGGAGGAAGAUGCCAAAGUACUGACCUUGGCAGAACAGAUAAUCGCAGCGCUUCCAGAACGAAUAAAACGCGGUGAUGGAGAACCUCCCUCGCCAUCUUCACCCCCGUCACCGCCUCCGCCGUUAACACCAUUGGAAGAUGCCUUGAUGGAGCAAAUGCCUCUGGAUUCGGGCGAACUGUUCGAUUCGUAUCGGGACUGCGGCGGGGGAGCGGCAUCAGUGUCAGACGUUGACGCUGAUGCCAGUCCCUCGAGUCCAUCGAGCAGUUGUCUGACGCCAGACUCGCCCUCGCCGCCACCGACGACUGCGGAUUUUUGCGAAUUCCUCCAACUCCAGCUCCAGCUGGACGGUGGGAAUGGUCACAACGCUCGUUACGGUUACGAAAAUGGUGAUCGUAACGUAGUUUUGGGCGGGGGUGUUUGCGGCGGUGGUGGGGGUGACAGUGAGGCCGAUUUGAGCAGAUUGACACUCUCCGACCGGGAACAACGCGAACUUUAUCAAGCCGCUCGAAUGAUCCAGAAGGCUUAUCGCAGCUACAAGGGACGCCAACGCCAGGAAGAAGCCGAACGACACGCUGCCGUACUCAUACAGCAGUACUAUCGACGGUAUAAACAGUACGCUUAUUACAGACAAGCAACUCGAGCAGCGUUAGUUAUCCAGAGUAACUACCGCAACUACCGGGCUCGUCCUGGGUCUUCCAGCUCACGACAACAAGCCGCUUACCAACAGGCCGCCCAUCAAGCCGCCAGAAAAAUUCAGCAGUUCAUGAGGCAAUCCAAAAUCAAACUGCAGAGCGCCAGGGCCGUCGCAAACGCGAGCGCGAGGCAGCCGGGACACACUUCACAGGGGGCUGUUGCCCUCCAAAACUCGCCCUCAUCUAGCCCAGGGGCCAGCCUAGCAGCCGCGAACCACGAUGCCACCCAGCAACCAAACAUCGUUCAUCCUUGCCAUCGGUAGCAUCGGGUGCCGGUUUUAACCAGAAGCAAUGCCACCGUGUUUAGGUAUUUCUGUUUUACUGGCUAGGUAAACGGCACGAGGUAUAAA